UAUAUAUAUAUAUAUAUAUAUGUUUGUGAUAGAUCCUUUUAAAUCAUAAGGAAGUCAACCCGUCCGGUUUCCGUCUCCAAUCAUUCCGACGAAUCUCUUCCCCGUUCCCAAAUUAUCAAAAUUUUCUUUCUUCUUCGUGGGGAAUGGAUGCCAUUGAUUCAGUUGUUGAUCCUCUCAGAGCCUUCGCUAAGGACAGCGUUCGUCUUGUCAAAAGAUGCCACAAGCCUGAUCGCAAUGAAUUCACUAAAGUGGCAGUCCGUACGGCCAUCGGUUUCGUCGUGAUGGGAUUUGUAGGGUUCUUCGUCAAGUUGAUCUUUAUUCCCAUUAACAAUAUAAUCGUCGGAUCUGGAUAGGGUUGAAAUUCCUGAUUGGAAGCAUUCUGGUUGAACACAUUUUCACUGAGUAAUGUCAAGCAGUUGUCAUUGUCACUUCGGCAGUUUAUAAUUUUCCCCUCCUGAUUUUAGUGUUUGUCAAGCAAACUGCAAACCGCGUUUGAGUAUAUAAUUACAGUGUUUAUUUUCUUUUCCUUAUUGAAUAAAAAUUUCUCUAUUAGUGUUC